GUUGUUGGCAACUCUCUCUCUCUCUCUCUCUUUUCUCUCUCUAAAAUUCUCUAUUUUUAUUUUUAUUUUAAUUUUAUCUCGUAAAUUAAGAAGAAGUUGUCCUCCUCGAAUCUCUGCCUUUCACUACUGCUUCGGGUCCUGAAAAAACAAAACAAAAGCUUUAACCAAAGCCCACGAAGAGGAAGAGGACCCAGAAGAGAGAGAGUUGUUUUAUGUUGUUGUAAUAAGAAGUCAUGGAUUCGAUUGUUGUGGCAGAAUUCCAGGCGUCCUUUCUUGGUUCACAAAAGUUGGGUUUUUGGUGGUAAUGUGUUUGGCUGAUUGGUUUUUUCAUUCUCAACACCUAUGGCCAUGGAUUCUUCUUUUGAGGGAGUUACGCUUGAUCCAACAAAAUGCAGCAAGUUGAGUAUGGAGGAAAAGAGAGAACUAGUCUAUGAAAUAUCAAAGUGGUCACACGGUGCCUCUGAAAUGCUGCAGUCAUGGAGCCGACAGGAGAUUUUACAAGUCUUGUGUGCAGAGAUGGGAAAAGAAAGGAAAUAUACUGGCCUGACGAAGUUAAAAAUUAUAGAGAACCUUCUGAAAAUCGUAUCUGAAAAGAAAUCUGGAGGGCAUGAGACUGUAAUUGACCUUGAACAACCGUCUUCCCCUCUUGGCCAAAGAACUACCAAAAGGCAGAGGAAAACUGACUACCCAUCUCGACUAACUUCUCCAGCAAACAAUCUUUCAAACAAUAAUGGUGGCAGUGAUUCAGCUAAUACAAGAUACUGUGAGAACUCAGCUUGCAGAGCUACCUUAGGCCGAGGAGAUACAUUCUGCAAGAGAUGUUCCUGUUGCAUCUGUUAUAAGUAUGAUGACAACAAGGAUCCGAGCCUAUGGUUGAUUUGCAGUUCGGAGCCUCCAUUUCAAGGUAAUUCAUGUGGCAUGUCCUGCCAUCUGGAGUGUGCUCUAAAACACGAAAGAUCUGGCAUUGCAAAAGAUGGACGACGUGCUGGACUUGAUGGGAGCUUUAAUUGUGUAUCAUGUGGGAAAGUGAAUGAUUUGCUUGGAUGCUGGAGAAAACAACUGAUGACAGCAAAGGAUACCAGACGAGUAGACAUACUUUGCUAUCGUGUGUCCUUAAGCCAAAAGCUUUUAAAGGGGACCGAAAAGUAUCGAAACCUCUAUGAAUUCGUGCAUGAAGCUAUUGAGAAGCUUGAAGCUGAAGUGGGUCCUUUAACUGGUUUACCUGUAAAAAUGGGUAGGGGUAUAGUCAACAGGCUUUCUACAGGACCAGAGGUUCAGAAACUGUGUGCUUUGGCUGUGGAGUCACUGGACUCAAUGCUUUCCAAGACUUUGCAUCCAUUGCCCAUUCCUGUGAUUAAAGAUUCAAUUUUGAUUGCUCCGAAUAUUGUCAGAUUUGUAGAUGUCCAUGCAACAUCUCUCACUGUGAUUUUGGGGUCAGAAGAUCCUUCACCAGAAGAUAUUGUUGGUUAUUACUUAUGGCAUCGUAAGGCUCAUGAUGUGGAUUAUCCAGGAGAACCUACUUGUAAACUACUUGCUCCAAAAACAAGGUUUGUUGUCACAGGACUAAGUCCAGCUACGGAGUAUAGUUUCAAAGUUGUUUCACAUAAUGGUUCAAGUGAGUUGGGUAUGUGUGAAGUUCAUUUCUCAACAGGCAGUGCUGAUGAUGAUGUCCUAAACAGCUUUGUAAAAGAAAGAAGUCAAAGCCCGGCUACCAACUGUAGUAGCCUUUCCAAUCCUUCCUCUGUGGAAGAUGAAACUAAUAACAUUACUCCAUACAGCGACCAGGCUGAUAAUCGAGCAGACAAUUAUCUUGCUUAUCACAAGGAAUCCGAUAAAUUUAUUUCUGCAAAAUUAUGUGAUGAUGCUAUGAACUGCACUGGUACGGGUAAAGAAGGAAACCCAGCAGAUGUGGUAUCAUUGUUGGAUGAGGAAUGUGUCAUGGGAACAGUUGGCUCUGCUCCCAAGUCUGACGUCUUGAAGCAUGAGAACAAGAACUCUCAGGAUGGCCAAAUUAUUGAGGACAUUAGCAAUGAUGAUGUGUCAACUUCCCCUGCUCGGACAGGGAUGGAAUGUGUGCCGUAUGUCAGCAAUUCAGAAGCUAGCUUGCCCAUAACUCCAUGCAAGUUGGAAGUACUUAAGGAUGGAUCAGGAAGGAAUGUGAGAUCCAAAUCUUGCAGCAUGGAUCUGGAUAAUGUGAAUGUGAGAUCGAAAUCCUGCAGUAAGGAUCUGGAAAAUGGGAUUGGGAAAGGAGAGGAUCCCCAAGAUGGCAGCACAUCAAAACAGAGAACUACAGAAAGGCAGGAUGAGGAAUGUGCAGCAAAUGGUACUUCAGAUAGGGAUUUUGAGUAUUAUGUGAAAAUAAUCAGAUAUUUAGAAUGUGAGGGACAUAUAGAGAAGAAUUUCAGGCAGAAAUUCCUUACAUGGUAUAGCUUGAGGGCAAAUUCACAAGAACUAAGGAUUGUGAAGGUUUUUGUGGAUACUUUUUUAGAAGAUCCUGCAUCUCUUGCAGAGCAGCUUGUAGACACCUUUUCAGAAAGCAUUUCAAGCAAGAGAUCAACUGUAGUGCCUGCUGGAUUUUGCAUGAAGCUUUGGCAUUGACCAUCUUGUAAUGGGUCCUGCCUGCUAUUAAGACGCAACACCUUUUGAAUACAAGCCCUCUCAGGGUUUGUGUAGCAGUAAUUCUUUAUACCCUCUAACAUUCAUAAUUUAGACCUUCAUUAUUUAUAUUUAUCAUCUCACCAUCAUGCCAUUCUUAUGAUGAUGUAAGAAUCUUAGAGCUCAUUUCAUUUUUCGAUACAGAUUCUGUCUCAUACAUUGAUAUAUUCCAUUUAGUUAUUUAAUUUCCUAAUUGCUUUU